UGAGUUUACAGUAUUUAUCAACAAUCAAUUGGUGAUUUAAGAACUAUAUAAAUUAGAUUGAUUGAUUGAUUGAUCUGUUGAUAUAGAGACGUAGUUAUCAUUAUCAAGAUAUAUCCCAACAUCAUCAUCAUCACUUAAUCAUGCAGAUCGUUCUUAAGGAUUUCAAGAAACAAAAAGUCACUAUUGAAGUUGAGUUAACUGACUCAGUAUUAUCAGUAAAAGAAAAAUUGGCGGCUCAAAAGGAUUGUGAAACUGAUCAAUUGAAAUUUGUUUAUUCAGGUAAAGUCUUACAAGAUGAUAAAAGUUUGGAAUCAUUUAAAAUCAAAGAAGGUGACUCAAUCAUAUUCAUGAUUUCAAAAUCUACAAAGAAAUCAACCCCUGUUGCGACUACUACUACUCCGUCAGCCGCAGCAUCAGCAGUAUCAUCCACUUCAAUUGAUCAAUCAUCAACAACAGCAUCAGGAUCAGGAUCUGCCACCGCAUCAGCCACUACUCCAUCUACCAAUACAUCAGAAGCACCAGCUGUUACUACCACUAACCCAACCGUUGUUGAAAGUGGUGAUGCUGGAUCAGCAUUCACUCAAGGUAGUGAAAGAGAAGCUACUAUUGCUAAUAUUAUGGAAAUGGGUUAUGAAAGACCUCAAGUUGAAGCUGCUUUAAGAGCUGCUUUCAACAAUCCUCAUCGUGCUGUCGAAUAUUUAUUAACUGGUAUUCCAGAAUCAUUACAACGUCCAACUUCUCAAGUAGCUCCACCAUCAGCAUCAGGUUCAGCUCCAGUUGCAGAAUCAACUAUGGAAGGUGUUACUACUACUAAUGAUGACGAUGAUGAAGAAGAAGAGGAUACUGAAGAUCAUGGAGAAAACUUAUUUGAAGCAGCUGCUGCCGCUGCUCAAGCUCAACAAGGAGGUCGUGAAGUUAGUCAAAGAGGUGGUGGUGCUGCUUCUGGAGCUCAUGAAACUGGAUUUGGAGAUGAUGAACAAUUAAGAUUAUUAAGAACAGCUUUACAAACCAAUCCUGAAUUGAUUCAACCAUUACUUGAACAAUUAAGUCAAUCAAAUCCUCAAAUUGCUCAAUUAAUACAACAAGAUCCAGAAGCAUUUAUAAGAACAUUUUUAGGAGCUGGUGGAGAUGAUUUAGGGUUUGAAGUUGAAGGUGAUGAAGGUGCUAUUGGUGAAGGUGGUAAUGAUCCAGAAGGAACUGUCCGUAUUCCAUUAACAGAACAAGAUCAAAAUGCUAUAAAUAGAUUAUGUGAAUUAGGAUUUGAAAGAGAUUUGGUUAUUCAAGUCUAUUUAGCUUGCGAUAAGAAUGAAGAAAUUGCAGCUGAUAUAUUAUUUAGAGAUAUGUAAACAUCAUAAUCUUCUUUAUCUGUAUUAGCCAUCUGUUUUGUUAACUGAUGUAGAAAAACUUU